GCCGCCGAGUGCUGCCCCAGCCGGAGCAGCGGAGCGCGCGCGACGGAGGUGGCAGCCGCUCCCGCAAGUGGCGGCAGCAGCGGCGGCAGAGGGCGGGAGGAAGGAGACCCUGGCUUCCCCGGGGGCCAGGCUGGGGCAGCCGAGAGGGACCUGGGGGGGCGCUGGCUUUGGCCCCGCCUGGGGCAGGAUGGUGAAUCUGGAGCCCUUGCACACAGAGAUCAAGAUGAGUGGGGAUGUUGCAGAUUCAACGGAUGCCCGCAACACUUUCAGCCAGGUGGAGUCAGGAAAUGACCGAAAUGGCCUCGAUUUCAACAGACAGAUUAAGACAGAGGAUCUGGGUGACUCUCUGCAGCAGACCCUUUCCCACAGGCCAUGCCACCUGAGCCAAGGGCCUACUAUGAUGCCUGGAAACCAAAUGUCUGGGGACAUGGCUUCUCUCCAUCCACUCCAACAGCUCGUGCUGGUCCCUGGCCACUUACAAUCUGUAUCCCAGUUCCUGCUUUCCCAGACCCCACCUGGGCAGCAAGGUCUGCAGCCGAAUCUUCUCUCCUUUCCACAGCAACAAAGCACUCUACUCCUCCCACAGACGGGGCCUGGCCUCACCUCCCAGGCAGUUGGGCGCCCUGGGCUGUCGGGAUCCUCUUUAGAGCCCCAUCUGGAAGCACCUCAGCAUCUGCCAGUGCCCAAGCAUCUACCUGGCCCUGGAGGGACUGACGAGCCCAGUGACCUGGAGGAGCUGGAGAAGUUCGCCAAGACCUUCAAGCAGAGGCGCAUUAAGUUGGGCUUCACACAGGGAGACGUGGGAUUGGCGAUGGGAAAGCUGUAUGGCAAUGACUUCAGCCAGACUACCAUCUCACGAUUCGAGGCCCUCAACCUGAGCUUCAAGAACAUGUGUAAACUCAAGCCGCUGCUGGAGAAGUGGCUGAAUGAUGCAGAGUCCUCCCCGUCAGACCCUUCAGCAAACACACCCAGCUCCUACCCUACUCUCAGUGAAGUGUUUGGCCGGAAGAGGAAGAAACGGACCAGCAUCGAGACCAACAUCCGCCUGACGCUGGAGAAGCGAUUUCAGGAUAACCCUAAACCCAGCUCAGAAGAGAUUUCCAUGAUUGCAGAGCAGUUGUCCAUGGAGAAAGAGGUGGUAAGGGUCUGGUUCUGCAAUCGACGGCAAAAGGAGAAGCGAAUCAACUGCCCUGUGGCCACGCCCAUCAAGCCCCCCAUCUACAACUCCCGGCUGGUCUCUCCCUCGGGGUCUCUUGGUGCCCUCUCCAUCCCCCCUGUCCAUAGCACCAUGCCUGGAACAGUAACGUCAUCCUGUUCCCCUGGGAACAACAGCAGGCCUUCGUCUCCUGGCUCGGGACUCCAUGCCAGCAGCCCCACGACAUCUCAAAAUAACUCCAAAGCAGCAAUGAAUUCCUCCUCUGGCUUUAACUCCUCGGGACCGUGGUACCGUUGGAAUCAUCCCACCUACCUCCACUGAGACCAAAAACUUCCUCCCUUCCACCUGGCCCCUUGUUCCCAGCAGGACGAAGGGAGUCAUGCCUUCCACGAAUGGACAGACUCCCUGGAGACAGGUGGGAGAGACGGCCACUGCUGAAGAGCACGUCCACGUUCUUGCCUUCUCGGGGAUCCAGAGACUCUAGAGCACCAAACUGUGACUGAAGACCACACUGAUGCCUUAGGCUCUUGACAGUCCUGCUGGGAAUUUACCAUGCCUGCCCGCCUUGCCUGUGGCCACCUCCUCGCUCUCGUGUUUUCGAUGGCUUCACUGCGGCUUCACCUCUCAGAGAAAGGGCACUGUGCCAUCGUUACUCUCCAGCUCGCGUGUGGGCUUCUGGGGACAGCAAUUUGCUCGGUGUGCCAAACUGCAAGAAUGGUAGACCAUGGUUUUGACUCUGCCCUCAGCUGCAAUCCUAAACAGAUCCCCAAUUCUAUGGAAACAAUGAAAUCUCAUGUCUCCACCAAAGCCUUAUUUUGUCUAAGUAGCACAGUUUCCCACGGAAAGCUCUGAUUUGCCUCCUUUUCUUUUAACCCUCACCCCCUUUUCUACAACCAAAUCUGUCCAUUCUUGUGUCCUACAAAGUCCCUUCCUCUCCACAAAAGGCCAUGUUGCUCCGUCCGCAGGUGCUCUUCUGUUGCCCAUGUCUACCUGAGUUCAAGAACACUUGUCUUUUCUCUGCUCUCUGUGUUUUUCCUUGUCCUGCCCCCUCCUUUCUCCUGGCCACAAAAAAUUGUGGAAACUGAGAGACACAGAGAGACAGACAGACAGACAGACAGAGACCUGAUACACUGGCCACACUCUUGUACAUAGUCCUUUCCUGUUCUACACUAUGACCUUUUCUCUUUAAUGUGUAAUUUUCCAGCAAUAUGUCUAACUCAGGUGUGAAUUUUGACGAUGUCUCUGUAAUAUUUUAUGUUCUAUUAGAAAAGGGGGGGGGGGAUACCAGAGUGUGGAAUACUUCACAGAGUUCCCACGUGAGCUGGGGCUUUGCUGACUUUGGAGGGAACAUCAUAUGUGGAGUCUCCUUCUGUGGGUCUGUGUGUAAAGCUGUCACAUGAUGCCAUUAUAGAAAUGGGAACUUUCUUUUUUUUUUUUUUUUUUAAAGACUGAAUAUCCAGGAAACCAUUGAGACCCAAAGGAAUCUCUCUGUUUCUAAAUAUAUUUGUAUAGCAAUUACAUAAACUAUUCCACUGUUGAUAAGAAGCA